AUGAUGAAUAUGAAAGUUCGCUAUUUAGUGUUUCGUCUUAUUGUUUUAAUUCCAUUUGUAUGGCUAAUUAUUAUGUUAGGUCUAUUACACACAGAUGAUGAUAACAAAAAUACGUUAUUAGUCACUGAAAAUAAACCGGUUCAUCCUGCAGGACGACAUGCAGAUAAUAUAGACGCAUUCGGUGGAGCCGAUCUUAAGGCUGAAACGCCAAAUAUUAAAAAAGCAUUGAAAAACUUUAGUAAUCAAAGUGGCAAUGGCAUUUUAAAUGAAAAUCGUGACGUACACGACAAACACGAACAAGUUGCCGCACCACAAAUCGAUAAACAUGACGCUGAUGGACCAGAUCGUAUUAAAGGAGAAAUGGGCAAACCCUUUGAGGUUGAUAAAGAAAAGUUACCACCAGACGAACGUCAAAAAUAUGAUAAUGGUUUUCAACUUAACGCAUUUAAUCAAUAUAUUAGUGAUUUGAUAUCAAUACAUCGAAGUUUACCAGAUGUCAGAGAUCCUGGAUGUAGAAAAAUGCAAUAUUUAAAUAAUUUGCCAACAGCAUCUGUUGUCAUGUGUUUUCAUAAUGAAGCAUGGAAUGUACUACUACGUUCAAUACACUCGAUUCUUGAUAGAAGUCAGCCACAUUUAUUGCAAGAAAUUAUUCUUGUAGAUGAUUUUUCCGAUAUGGAUCACUUGAAAAAACCCUUGGAUGACUAUAUUGCACCACUUAAAAAAGUAGUUAUUGUUCGACAACCAAAGCGUGAAGGUCUUAUUCGUUCGAGAUUAGCUGGAGCAAGAGUUGUUAAAAGUGAUGUUAUCGUAUUCUUAGAUUCACACAUCGAAGCAACAGAAGGUUGGUUGGAACCAUUAUUAGAUCCCAUAGCACGUAAUAAAUCAACUGUAGUCACGCCGGUCAUCGAUGUUAUCGAUGAUACAACAUUCAAAUAUAAUUAUGGUGCCGUAUCAAGUUUAAGUGUUGGUGGUUUUGAUUGGAAUUUACAAUUUAAUUGGCAUGCUGUUCCAGACAGUGAAAAAAAGAGAAGAAAACAUGAAUUAGAUCCAGUGAGAACUCCUACAAUGGCAGGUGGAUUGUUUGCAAUAAGUCGAAUUUACUUUGAAGAGAGUGGUACUUAUGAUGCAGGAAUGGAUAUCUGGGGUGGAGAAAAUCUUGAAAUGUCAUUUAGAAUUUGGAUGUGUGGCGGAGAAUUAGUCACUGCACCAUGUUCACAUGUUGGUCACAUAUUUCGAAAACGUUCUCCAUAUAAAUGGUUACCAGGUGUUAAUGUUGUGAAAAAAAAUGCUGUUCGUGUUGCCGAAGUAUGGUUAGACGAUUAUAAAAAAUAUUAUUAUGAAAGAUUUAAUUAUGAUUUGGGUGAAUAUGGUGAUGUUACCAGUAGAAAACUUUUAAGACAAAAACUAGGAUGUAAAUCAUUUAAAUGGUUUUUGGAGAAUAUAUAUCCCGAACAAUUUAUACCGGGUGAUGCUAUUGCAUCAGGAGAUAUUCGUAAUGCAGCUGCCAGCUAUUGUGUGGAUGGAAGUACAGAUCAUAAAAAUUAUCAUAAACCUGUGAUCGGUUAUCCCUGUCACUCUCAAGGAGGAAAUCAAUUUUUUAUGUUGUCAAAACUUGGUGAAAUAAGACGAGACGAUGGUUGUUUAGACUUUUCAGGUGGUCUACAUCAAGCAGGAAAAGAUGAUACAAUUAUUGUUUAUCCAUGUCAUGGUAUGAAAGGCAACCAAUAUUGGGUUUAUAAGGAGGUGAAUUUAAUUAAUGGUCAAUUAUUUCAUCAAGUGUCAUCAUUGUGUAUGGCACUAUCUGACGAUAAUAAACAUAUUAUAAUGGAUAAAUGUGAUGAAGCAGAUUCAAGACUGACUUGGCAUUGGAAACGGACAUUGAACAAUACAUCUACUUAA